CAAAUUUUGCAAGAUUGUCAAUAUUAUGGGACUUAUAUGUUUGCUCAUUAAAUUUUUAUACAUACGUCAAUACCACUAGAAAAUGACGCAGAGACCACACAAAUGAGAGAUACAGUACAGUGGCUUUGCAUUUUGCACUCAAUCUAUAUACUAUUCAACGCGUAAUUGGUUCUGCACAUAAUAGCUUUUUCUGCCCACCAAAUUAAAAAACCCACAAACAAACGCACACAUAAAAUAUACACUCACGCACAUAUUGUACGUAUUUUUGCCUCGACAAGAUUGCGUGAUCUCAUUCUUCCUUUUGACAAAUCGCAACAAAUAUAUUAUUUUAAUAGCUGAGCUUCGAUCCCCUGUUUCAGUGAGCGCCAAUUGUCCACAAAUUCAAGCGCACCUUAUCUAGCUACUAAGAUCUGAAGUUGAUCGGGUUUAAUUUCUCGUGGUGAGAAUGUUUUUCAACAAGAAGAGGCGGAAAUCGGCGGUCGGGAAAUGAAGCUCUGUACAUCGGCGGCUGGGUUUAAGAGAUUCGCGGCGUCCGGUGUCGGCCGGCGGCUUUGGGGGAUGAAGGGGAAGAAUCCGCUGGCGGCGGCAGGUGGCGGCAGGCGAUUGUCUCACCGGCCGGCGAGGUUGCUGGUGGGGCUGCUUUUGCCGUUUCUAUUUGUUAGAGCUGCUCUUUUGGCUCUGGAAUCCGCUGCCCUUUGCUCGUCGCCAAUUGUUUUUUAUUUUCAGUGGGCGAAUGUGCAAACUAACCGUGUAUUCGUGGUGCUGCAGCGUUAUUUUGCUCACGAUAAUGCUGUCGUAUUGGUUAAAAAGCUCAGAGAAGAACUGUCAAUGGCCUUGCUGGAGACAACCACUAGUGGUGAUGAAAAUAAUGAUGGUAGAGUUGGAAUUGCCAGAUUGGAGAGUUCAAAUUCCAUACCUCUUUCAUUCGAGGAUCUAAUAAAGGAUAUGGCAUUGAACAAAGACAUUAAAGCCUUUGCAUUCAAGACUAAAGCCAUGAUAGCAAGGUUGGAGCAUACUGUAAAAGAAGCUAAGUGGCACGAGUCUUUAUACUGGCAUUUAGCUGCUCAUGGUAUACCCAAGACCCUGCACUGCCUUUCACUUAAUUUGGCUGAAGAAUAUGCUGUAAAUGCUGCAGCACGUUCUCGAUUACCACAGCCGCAAUACAUUUACCGUCUCACAGACUCUUCCUUUCACCACGUGGUUCUUUUAAGCGAUAAUCUCCUUGCUGUCUCUGUAGUUGUCUCCUCUAUUAUCAAAACAUCAAGCAAUCCUGAAAAACUAGUCUUCCAUAUUGUAACUGACAAAAAGACGUACCCUUCCAUGCAUGCAUGGUUCGCAAUAAACACAGUAUAUUCUGCAGUCGUUGAAGUCAAGGGCUUGCAUCAAUAUGAUUGGUCUCACGAAGUCAAUGUUGUGGUCAAGGAGAUGCUAGAAAUUCAUCAUCAAAUCUGGAGUCGCUACUACCGCAGUCUGAAAAUGGAAAACUUUGAGCAAGGGAAAGUAAAAGAUCGAAACUUAGAUGCCCUUAGCACCAGCAGCAUCUCCCUCUUAAACCACCUCCGAAUUUAUCUACCCGUGCUGUUCCCGGAUCUUGACAAAGUUGUGUUAUUAGACGAUGAUGUUGUAGUACAGCAUGACUUAUCUUCUCUUUGGGACUUAGAUCUCAAUCAGAAAGUGGCUGGUGCAGUUGUUGAUUCAUGGUGCGGGCCUGAUUGUUGUCCAGGAAGAAAGUACAAAGAUUACUUCAACUUCAUGGAUCCAAUUUUCUCUUCAGCUGAUGUGAAUCCUGAUAGCUGUGGAUGGUUGUAUGGGGUGAAUAUUUUUGACCUCGGAAGGUGGAGAAAGACUAACAUCAUAGAAGUAUAUCAUCAAUGGCUUAAGCAUAGCCUUAACUCUGGUUUUGAAUUAUGGCAUCCUGGAGCACUUCCACCUGCCUUGCUUGCAUUUGAAAAACACGUUCAACGUAUUGAUCCUUCAUGGCACCUAGCUGGUUUGGGCUAUCGGUACCCAGAAACAGACAAACAAAUGCUAGAAGCUGCAGCUGUUGUGCAUUUCAGUGGGCCUGCAAAGCCAUGGCUCGAUAUCGGGUCCUCAGCUCUAAGAGGUCUGUGGAAUAAACAUGUAAACUUUUCGAAUGAACAUAUUAGAAGAUGUGGAAUAACAGGGUAAGGAUAUAUAUAUCUAUAUAGACAUGUCACACGCAUAUGUAUCAUAAUCCGUCUUUAUAUAUUUAGACUUUUAGACUACUCGUUUCGGUUUAAAGCGGGAGGAAUAAGGAAUCUUCUGGGAAAGAGGGAAGAAGGUUAUUAAAAGUCUUCAGUCUCUUCUCAGGCCUUGCUCCCUGUGUACAAUAGCUUAUACAAAAACAAUUUAGUCUUUUACCAGUGAUGAAAGGUACACUAUUGUAAUCUUAUCUCAUUCUUGAUAUCUAAGCAAUUAUGUUAGUUUAUGGUGUUACUAUUGGUUA